AUGGCGACCAACGUUCCUCACGAGCCCGAGACAUCCGGCAAGCCUGAGUAUGGCAAGCCUGAAAAGUUUACUACAUUAUCAGAUAUUCUCCGCUACCGCUCUAUCACAGUCUUACUAGCCAUGACGAAUUUUGUCGACCAGCGAUUUCCUGGCGAGGUCAUUCCAGGCGGCAUGCGACGGGACUAUGCCCACAACAUCAACGACAGCUCAGCCUUGAGUUGGAAGAAGCAUAUGUAUCAGAAGCUCGCUGCAAGUGCUGAUGUCGUUUGCCGCGAUUCUGAGAUCGUUACAAUGACUCUCGGUCAAGACAACGUCGUUCUAGGUAGUGUUGACGAAGACUUCGAUGAUGACGACCAAGUAGUUCUCGACAUGCACAAUUCAGACAUCAGCGAAAGAGAUAGAUUGAGUAAGGCUCCUCCUACCCAGAGUAGCCUUCAACCCUUGUACCCGUCCAAUUGGACCCCUGACAAUGCCAUCAUCGAGUCGCCAGGCCUCUUCUUUUUGCAGAAGACAGUGGGAUCGGAGUCUGGGAAGAAGAGGGAUAUGAUUUCGAAGACCGAUUUCAGCUUCGGCGAACACGGAGACAUGUUUCUCAAGUUGCUGAAGCAGACAUACUCACUCGAUGACUCCAAGAGAAAUCGGUACAACUUGGCUCUAGAGAUUUAUGUUUUUGUGAACUCCAGUGCCGCGAUCCUAGGGCGCCUGCACAAUAGCACCGCCGACCGGCGCAAGUUCGCUGAGUACAUGACGCUCUCGAAGGAGACAAUUCUCGACACACUCGCAAGAUCUCGGAAUACUUCAGCUCAGCUCAGCAAUCACUCCAGCAACAUCCCACUCAAUGCAAAAGAGUGUCGGGCCAUUCAAAUGCAGCUGGAGUUAUUCAGUCUCCUUAACACCGACAUUGGUCCAUUGAAAGAGUGGGAAAGCGCCUUCGAUACAAAUCAACCUAUCAUGUACGACGCUGAUGGUAUAUUUCUGUACCAACAUUUACUGGCACUUGUUAUGAAGGCUGUCUUCGAUAGCAUGCAUGCACUACAUGAGUGCAAGACUAAGCACCAGACAAGAUACGUCGAGGACGUCGAAGUACGCCACAAGCCAUUACUAGUUAAGGAAAUGGGUAGAGAAAUUGACAAGGCUGCUCGAAAAGCUGCUAUGAGCAUGCGAAUGAUGACUUUCAUGAAAGACCGCAAUCGACUCGGAAAUGUUCUGGAGAAACAUCUCAACUGGCUCUCUCAGCUAUUCUCCGAAAGAGAAACAACUUCAGACCUUCAUAACACGCCCCAACGAGCAGCAGAAAUGAACUUUUCCAACGACAGCUUACGUGCAGAAGAUAAGUACAAUAAUGGGAUUGGCACAGAUUUAGCUCAACUUAAUUGGGGGGCUGCAGCCAUCGAGUUCCUCGAUCUUUCCUGUCUACACAUAUGCGGCAUCUCCGAGUUGGCUCGCGGGUUUGGCAAUAACUUCGAUCCCAGCGUGCGAGCCUUUGUCAAUACAGCUAAGUUUAAAUGGGUCCGGCACCAACAGGAGCACACUGACACCAAACUCACUCCACUAUCUGCAGUUCUGAAGUCUUUGAAGCAGACAAACCACAAUGGCACAAAGACGUCGUUCGACCCAAACGACAUUGAAGACACCAUAAAGCCAGUCAUCGAGAAUCACAACCCGGCUUGUUUCAACACUUGCAAAGACUACUGGGAUGCUGAAGACAUCUUCUCCGGCAAAUCACAUAGCGAAGCCCUGAUGAUGAGCUAUGCAGACCUGAAAAAGAACCGUGAUCACGUCGCCAUUCCUUCCGAAGAAGGCACCAAGCCCAAGCAGGAUUAUAUCCGCCCGCCAGACCGUGCUAUCACAGAUCAGUUCAACGACACCAUCAAAUUUCUGCCUGUCACCAAGCGCUGCUGCCCGACCUGCACCGCCUUCAUUGAGUACAUGGAAAACAAGCAGAGAUACGAGAUCAUGCAACGUUUCAGCGGUCGAAACACUGGGCCCAAAGCGGUCAGCCUUGUAGAUUGAACACAGCCAACAUAAGAAUAAGAGCUGAGACCGUGUAUAAAAGAGAUGGCC